AUGCCACCACCACCGCAGUGUGAUCAGUCAGUCACUGCAUUCCCUACCUCCAUGUCUGACAUUCUCAAAAUUGCCUGUGUACGCCUGACUGCUGCCUCAGAGGUCACACAUCACACUCUUCGUAUCUGA